AUGGGUCUGAAGUCUGAUUUGGAGAAGGCUUCUCCUUCCUUGGGUCGUAGUGCAGUUUACCUGAAAGAGUCUCGUAUCAAUGCCUUGCCAAGGGAAUCAAAUCAGAAGGCCAAGAUUUUACGGAAAGUGGAUUACCCAUUGGUACUAGAUGUCUAUGAUUUCUGCUCAGAUGAUCUUCGCAAAGAAUUAGAAGCACCUCGCCAGAUUUUAAGAGACGAGGAGGGUAAAAAGGCUGGUUUGAAAGCCAAGGAGAAGAGCUCUGGUUCAAAAGACAAAGAUGUCAAGAUGACUGAUGCGGAGGGACCAUCAAAUGAGAGUGGAGAAUCAUCAAAGGCUACCUCCGGAGAAGGUGGUCCUUCAGACAAAAAAACGCAUUUAACUGGAAUAUAUGAUUUGGUUGCUGUGCUCACCCAUAAGGGUAGGAGUGCUGAUUCAGGGCAUUAUGUUGCGUGGGCCAAGCAAGAAAGUGGGAAAUGGAUCGAGUAUGAUGAUGAUAAUCCUAUUCCACAACGGGAGGAAGAUAUAACUAAGCUCUCUGGAGGAGGUGAUUGGCAUAUGGCAUACAUUUGUAUGUACAAGGCACGAGCUGUCCCAAUGUAA